CAUGGCAACGAGGCUGGUUUUAUCAUUGUUAGUGGUGCUCAUCGUAAGCGAGGCAUCUUGCGGUUACUUGCGGUACCCGCCGACGUGCCCGAACCUGCCGCCUCCGCCACCACCGGCCUGCGCCCCCUUGCCCAAAUUUAUAUCUGAAAGCGCGGUGAACGUGCCUCUCCCCGUACCUCAGGUCAUCCCACUGGGCAGGUUCUGCAACUGUCAAACCAUUGCUUUACGUCCGUCGUUGGUCGCACCGCCAGCUUGCGUGACGACGACCCCCGCCCCCGCGCCGACGCCAGUUCCUUGCGCUCCCGCGCCUCCCAGCAUAGCAUUACCCCCCCAAGUUCUCCAAGCGUUGUUAUCGAACUUGUACCCAAACCCUUGCCCCCCCACUCCCCCGCAGUGUAGUUAUUAA